UCCAAUACACCUCUUACUUUGUUAAUAGAUGAUGUCAAUGAGCAUGAAGAAAUGCUGCGUCAAUUUGACAUGAACAUGGCGUAUGGACCAUGCAUUGGGAUCACCAGACUAGCUCGGUGGGAACGAGCCCAUAAGUUAGGUUUAAACCCUCCUGCAGAAAUCGAGAAGCUUUUAAAAGGCGAGAAAGUUCAGGCAGAUUGCUUGUGGGAUGGCCGCAUAUAGAAGUUUGUACGGAAUCCUCUUAUGUUUAGACUUUAGUAGAUAGUAGGAGAAUAGGAGCAAAUUGAAAACAUUCAGUUUUCUAUCGUGUUCCUUACUGCUUGUAUGUUAUGUCAUGUCCCUGUUAUUAUCAAAAGACAAAAUCAUGUAUUGACUUGUGGUUGACAGUUGGUUUCAGCAAUAUAUGCUUAGUAAUUAUAGCCUAUUGUAGUGGUUA